UUCCCGCAGAGCGCAUUUCACUUGCGCCUUAUCUUCCGGAACUUUUGUUUCUACCCGGGUAUGUUGUUCCACGGUAUAGAAUUGCCAACGGACCGCAUUUUACUUUUGCGCGAGCCGGCGUGAACGAGUCACGUGAGUGUGAUAACUUUAACAACAUGCCUAAGAUACAAAAAGGCAAAGGACAAACUGAGAAGAAAGCUAUCCAUCCAUAUAGCAGGAAAGCAGCUCAAAUUGCUAGAGGGAUUCACCAACAGGAGAAAAAGGAUAGGCAAAAGAAUGAGAAGGCAGUUCGUCUCAGUUCUAUAGGUGAAAAAUUGCUGUGGUUUCAGAGUCAACUUCAUCCUGAUAAAUCAGUAUAUUCUAGGAAAGAAGCUUGUGAAAUCAUAGAAAGAUAUCUGCAUCGAUUUGACAAUGAACUUGAACAGAUAGAACUGGUGAAUAGCAUUAAAGGAAGACAAGGACGACAGCACAGUGCCCGAGAGGAUGUAAUCAAGCAUACUAUUGAACGGGAGAAAAUGCUGUACGAAGGAUAUGGAAUAGAAAUACCUGAUAUUUUAAAUGGUAAACAUCUGAAGAUUUUUCGGGAAUGGAACGGAGAUUUACAGAAGCUGCCAAAUAUUAAAAUGAGAACAUUUUCGUCCCAAAGUUGGAAAUGUGAUGUGGAACAAUGUACCAAAGAAGAUGAAGAGGAGGAUUUAACAACUCAAAUAGAAGAUAAUUCAGAAUCUGAGCCUGCCAGUAGUUAAAGCAGUUAAUUUAUGGACUGAGUAAUUUCUCAUUCUUUAAUACAGCCUAUUGAACUAAAAUGCUUUGAUAACAAAACUGUUACAGAUCGAAUAGUAUUUUUUUGUAGUUAUAUGGACUGUUGAAAAAAAUAAAUAUUUAAUCUAACAAAAAAUGUUCAAAAUACCAAAUCUUGUAAAAUUAUGUAUGUGUAAAACAAACAGAAGCAAACUUGUCACUGGAAACAUUUUGUUUUCCUUAACAGCCGAUCCAGUUCUGCUCCACUUAAUUAACAACCAUUGCAUAUUAUAGCGUUAGUUCAGUUUUAACAUAAAAGAAAAAAAUGUAAUUGAAAUUUUGCACAAAUAUGAAUUUUAUUAUUUAACAUUUCAUCUUUAUAAGGCAUUUUUCAAGUAAUUUAAAAAAUAAUAUUUUCAAACAACUUUCUUCCCAUUAGGAAAUGAUGCCCAGAAACUUAGUAAUUAUCUCUGAUUAAAAAUUCAUCUGAAUUGAACAAAUGCUAGAAGCAAUUGACAGCCUAAUAAUUACAUGUGGCUACUAGGAAGAAUCUGGAGUAAGUGCCAAUGUAAAAGAAACUGUAAAUGAACAAACUGGAUAGUGGGAAGCUUAUGUUUCAGACAUUGUGAUCUUUUCUAGCUUUAAAACCAAUCGGAACUUACAAAAAGACCUUCCAUAUUUUUAAUUAUGAUUGUUUGUUUUUCUUAACAUACCAUCAGAACCUUUUAUAGCAACAAAAAAACAAAA